AGAGGUGUUUAAAUCAAAGGCAGAAGACAGUUGAAUAAUAACAACGGUAAAGAUUUAAGCAAAUAAACGUGGUAAAGAGUUGUGGGAAUAAAUUCGUCAACGAAAACCCUUAAAGUAUGCUUUAAUUUUUGUUGAAAUUUGCAAAAUAAAAUAACGCAGUGAUUAAGAAUACGUCAUAGGAACUCAAGAAAAUCAAAGUGCAUUGGAAAUUUCGGGUGACUUUUGUUUUUGUUGUUGCUCUUCAUGAAAAUUUUGUUUGUAAACAAAACAAUGGUGACCACCACCUCUUGGGGUAUUGUUGUCGCACUCUUGACGAUAAUUGAUUUUGACCAAGAAAUCUUGUUAAACGUAAAACAAAAAUUUAUUCAUUUUCACACUUUUUUGAGUAUUUCUGUUUAAUUUUUUUUUUAAUUUUUUGUUUCUCAUCUACUUGUUGCCACUUUUCUUUUCUAAAUUUACAAAAAGAAACCAAAAAAAAAAGUGCAUGACGAAAAUUUCUCAGAGUGUCAGCGCCAAAAGAAAACAUUAUAUUUUGGUGGCCCAAAAUGCAAAUCGAGAGCAUCAUAUAUUCAUCCAUAUGCGUUUUGAUCAUGACCGACUAAAGAUCAGAUCGCCUUAACCAAUUCAGAUAAAAACAAAUACCAUAAACAUUUAGUCGUUGUUCAAGUGUCGUCGGGAAAAAUUCGAGAAAAAAAAAACAAAGAAGUGAAGUGAAGAAAAACUGUUUUAUUUCGUAUUUGAAAAAAAGGCUGUGAUAUAAUAUUUUAUCUCCUACAAAAAAUUAAAAUAAAUACAUUUUGAUCUCAGAAAAAAAAAAUACAAAUUACAAAAUGAAUCGCCGUUGUUUACACUGGAGCUAUUUAAAUUACAAAGAAAUUCCCAUGGAUUUAUAUUUAUACGAGGACUUGGAAGAAGUCUAUCUGAAAGAAAACUACAUUGCCGCCAUCCCCAAGUGGUUUUUGAACCUAACAAAUCUCAAAUUUAUCCAUCUGGCCGGCAACAAUCUCACCCAGCUACCCGAAGAAUUGUAUCUCUUGGAAAAUCUUGAAUUUUUAGAUGUCUCCAAUAAUCAGCUGCAACAUCUACCCACAUCCAUUGGUUACAUGCUGAAUCUGUUACAUUUGAACGUCAGCUCAAAUGAAUUGACAGAUUUGCCAAAAACCCUUACCUAUAUGAAACGCUUGGAGUCCCUUAAUAUUUCGAAAAACAAACUGAAACGUAUACCUCAAUUUAUAUGUGAAUGUUCCCGCCUCAAUGAAUUGAAUCUCAGUGAAAAUACCGAAGUAUGGCACAUUCCAGAGAGGGUUGCCAAUAUGCCAUCGCUGCAAAUGCUGUCGGCGGAUAAAUGCUCUUUAAUAUAUUUACCCGUGGCUUUGGCCAAGUUCCUCGACUAUCUAAGGAUAUUCAAUAAUUCUGCCAUUACCCACAUACCGAUUAUCUAUGAGAAAUUCUAUCAGAAUUAUUUCGAAACACCUACAAAAUCGCCGCAUAUACCCGUCACCCACAGCGAUUUCUUUUGGGUCAUCGAAAAGGAGACAUUCAAAAAACUACUUCUGCCCAUAGGUACACGACAAAUUUUCCCCGUACCCUCGAAGGAGAAUCAGGUCACACUCUACGAUGAUUGUUUGAAAACUUUGGAAAAUUGGAAUCGCCUGUCGCCAUUUUAUGAAAAUCCUGCACUGAAGUAUAUACUACCCGAGAAGUAUAUGGUCAAUCAUAUACGUAAUGGACCGACGGCCCGUUGUACCGUCUUUAAAUGCUCAAAUCCGCUAUUUACUACCUAUUAUUUUAUGGUGGUGAAGAGGCGUGGCAGUACCUCCAAGCAGCUAUUCACCUGCUAUUUUUGCACCAUGUACUGUGCCAAUGUCUGGCUCAAUGAAAAUAAUAAAAAAUACUAUUGUGUCGAUUGGGAAAUUUGUGACGACUAGACCAAGUAUGAACCAGUUGACGAUAUGCCGAUACAUAAUAGCUAUCUUUCCUUUAUUUAAGUACAAUAUUUUCAUAAUUUAAGUUUAUAUCUAAAUAGAAUCUAUACAAUUAUUUAGCUUUAAUUUUUUAAAUAUAGUUA